CUGGUUUAGAAAAUGAGGUGCAGUGGGGAAAUGUAUUGCAAUGCAUAAAAAGCUAAUUUGUAAAAUCCAGAGUGUAAUAAGAAAGUCCUGUUGCAAAGGCAACAAGCUAGCUGAAGGCUACUUAGCCUAAUAAGCUUAGCAUCUUAUUUGUGGUUGGCAUCUGUUACGGCAGAAGCAAGAUACACAAGUGCACUUAAUCCACUAGUUCAUUUGAAAUGCAACAGAGCUUUUGCAUUACUGGUUUAUGUCCAAAGGGGAGACUGUUGAAGAGAAGAUUAUGCUGCAUGCCUUUGUUAAGGAAUAUACUAAGAAAAUUGGAAUUGUAUAACAGUCAAUAAGUCAACUCUACAAUUUUGGGACUCUUCAUGAUGAGAACUUCCACAGAAAUGACAGCGCCCAACAUCAGCUGAACGUGUAAGUUCCAUUUCAUUUCCCCAUCUAAAUUGAUAAACUGGACAUUUUUGGUAGUGCAGGAAGCUAGGAAGUGGGAGCAAAAAUGGGCUGUACUCCUUCACGUAGCGAUAUUGCUAGCCAUCAUGCCAAACAUGGUAUCCUGCCAAUUAAUUCAGGAAGUGAACACUUCUCACUUUCAUCACUGAUCAAAAACUCCUCUUCCUACGACUUAGAAGAUGUAUGUGAGAAAAAGUCUAGAGUUAAAGAUCACAUUUUGGAAAAUUCAUCAGAUGAGGACAGAAAUACUAAUUUCCAGUCCUCAUUUGAGGAUCCUUCACUACCAGACCUUGACCAAGAAGAGAAAGAAAAGGAAAGGAUAGUUUCAGAGACAGAGGUAGCCAUAUCUGAAUUGAUAGAUUCUGACAAACAUAUGGCAGAGGAUAUUAAGGUCAAAAGGCAAAACUCGUGUGCUUCUGGAGAAAAGGAUUUUACCUUGGAGGAGAAAAAUGAAAGCGGUGAAAAACCAAACUCAAAGAAAGUGAAAAAGCAAAAGAGCAACAGGCAAGGAAAACAAGGCCGUAAUGGCAAAACUAAAGAAAAAUCUAGUCUACCUGUAAGUGUGGCUGAGAAAAAGGUGGAUUUCCCAGAUCUUCUUGUUAAGGCUCAUCAGAAUGCUUAUGGCUAUCUGAAUCCAAACCUUUCCAAAUAUGAGGUCAUUUUGUGCAUGGCCAACCAGGCCACUGAAACACAAUUAAUUGUGCAACAAAUGGUAAGCUUCUUACUUUUUCGUUUUGAUGAAAUCAACCAUCUCUUGGAGGAAAUUGCCCAAGAUGGAGAAAGUUUAUUGAAAGAAGUGGGAGGGAACCUAGCUUGGCCAGCUAGUAAAGGGGACCCAAAAGAGCAACCAGAUCUCUUGCAGCAGUUGCUACAGUACACAGUAAACAAAAUGCAACUGUUAAAUGGAACUGUGGCCUCCUUAACCUCUGAUGCCCUAGAAGAGUCUUAUAGCUUUUUCUUUAAUGCUGGUUGCAAUUUAGAAGAAAAACUGAAAGCCAAACAUGGUUUUGAUGAACGCUUGCUGAGGAUGAUAAAACUCCUUGAAGCAUCUUCAGUUGGACCCUCUCAUCCACACCCUGAUGACAUGACCCUUUAUUCUGAAGACAGUGGAAUAGGUAUUGAUAGCGAAUCAGUCAAGGAUUUGCACUUUGUUGAUAAGCAGGGAAUGCAGGCAAACUGUGACUCUUGUUCACAUGUUCAUCCAUCUGUAAGUCAGACUAAGAAAACAGGAGAAAACCAGUGGCCACCCAAUUCAGUAUUUGCCACUACCAGGUCCCAUGACUGUGCACUGGAAAGACAAUUUAAAGAUAUAUUUUACCCACCUGCCCUUGCCAAGAAUGUGAUCCCAUCUUCAGGGGUAAUGCCAGAAAAUAUAGUUAACCAUCUCCAACAUCAAAACAUCAUCAAACCUCCUCUUAGCUCUGUACAUUGUGGCUUUCCUAAUAAGGGUGACUGUUUUAAAGUGUGCAAAUCACCCAAUGCAUCUUCCACAAACAGUGAUGAUAAUACCUUGUCUGAAGAAGAAGGUGACAAUAUAGGCCUCUCUAAGCCGGGCCCGAAUGCUUUCCCUAAAAGACGAGUAUCUCUACCUGCAACAACAGAUUAUAAACAAAGGCUUUCUACCAAACGACUAGAUAGCCCAGAGAAUGAAGAGAUUAUACUCAAGAUGAAAGAUGCCAUAAGUGAAAAGAUCAAAUUUGUCCCAGGCAAAUCUGGAAAGAAGGAAUGGAUGGAAGAUGAAAAUGGAAAAGGACCACUAAGACCAAGAACAUCAGCUGGGAGUCAGAAGUCUCACAUUAAACAAAAAAGAUCAAGGUCUGAGGAGUCUCUCAAAAGUCAAACUGAGGAUCCAACCCUUCUGGAACUUCAAAGGACUCAAAAAGGACUCAACAAAAGGCUGGAGGUGUUUUACACACUUAAUGGAAACAAAGAAGCACACCAGAAGCUGAUAUACCUGAACCUAAAAGAACCAUCUGACUUGCAAGAUUCUGAGCAUGUUACUCAUAGAUCAUCUACUAAUAAAUUGAAGGCAUCUCUUGCCAAAAACUUCAGUAUAUUGCCAAAUCAAGAUAAGGUGCCUGUGUUUAGGCAUGAUCAAAAUGCCAUUAUUCCAUCACUUGAUGAAUGGAAAUGUAAGAGAGAUCAGAUAUCUAGGAAAGAGAAUGAGGCUCCUGGGACACAGAAGUUAAAUAGUGUCGGUUGUGCUCCACCUCGUAAAUCUGUUAAAACAUUAAUCGAAACCUUCUGUCCUUCUGAUAAUCUUGGGAAACCUGCAAAUUUAAGAACUUUGGGACCAAUAAAAUGCAUCAGAAGGUUUGGACUUACAAGCAUUACGCCUAAUCUCCCUCUUCCUAGAGGGCUUGUGCCUUUAAAUCACAAACACAGAGUUUCACCAUUAGGAGAUAUAAAUUGCCAAAACACCAGUCCAACAAACUGUAUUUUUGGUACAACUGGUUCACCUGAACUUGCAAAUGGAAGUGACACAAAUGAAAAUACCGAUGAUGAUGAUAAUGAUGAUGAUGAUGAUGAUAAUGAUGAUGAUUAUGAUGAUGGCAGUGAUAUGGAAAAUUUGCCACCACCUCCUCCUGAAAUGUUAGCAGACAUCUCACCUCAUUCAACAGGAUAUUCAGAAGAUGGAGGGAUAGUAAAAAGGUCUUCAAAUGUUGUCAAGAAGACAGGCCAAAAAAAUGAACAUUCCAGCACUAAGAAAAGAACUCACAUUUCUCCACGGAUGAAAGCUUCUUUAUGUCCUAUUAACUUGUUACCAAGUAAGAAUCUCAACAAUCCCAAUCUCAUUACCAACAAAGCACCCAAAAGUGCUGAGGUGGAUUCCGUGCCUAGAAAACAUUUUGUGCGGUUGGAAUCUACCUUUACAUCUAGUUACUAUCAAGAGACCCAAUUAGCAUCUGAAAAGGACAAUGAAAUGAAAGAAACUGCAGAUCUAUAUAACCAAUCAUGUAAAAUAAUACCUCUUCAUAACCUAGAAGAAAUGUCAGAACAGAAUGGAAAUGAUGCAGGAAAUAAAGGAUGCAGUGCAUUUUCUGCUUUGGCUCAAAGGCGAACCUCUCCCGAUUCACUCAGGAAAGGUGAGGAAACAACAGGUUUUUUUAGGCGAGUGUCACCUGCAAGAACAUCACCUUCCUCACCCACUAGUGAGAAAAGGCUCCCGAGCCCACCACUCCCUCACAGACUCAAUAGUCAGGCUUCUUCCCCUACUAUUUCACGGCAGCCUAGUCCUCCAGCAAACCACAGGGUUUCAAGCCCUCCAGUCCAAAGGAAGCUGCCUUCACCACCAACCCAACAAAACCUUUCUAGCCCUCCAGUGCCACGCAAACAGCAGAGCCCCCCAACCCGACGGAAGGGAUCCAGUUCUCCAGCUCACCGCAGAGAGGCAAGCUCACCUCCUUUCUCAGCUACACCUUCCCCACCUGCUUCUCCCUCUCGGUUACAGAAAGGAUUACAAAACAAUAUUGACUCUGGUGAUGAGCAGCAACUUGCUUCCCCAAAGAUUGUCAGCAAUGCACACUCUAUAUUUUGUCCAGCCUCAUCCUCUUUAUUUGAAGCCAAGCCAGUGUUGUCACCACAGGGCCUCACAUCAGAGGCUGUUACAAACCAUCCUAAAGUGUCAGCAUUUCCACGGAGAAACAGCGCACAGCUCAGGCAAUAUGGGGACCUGCAGAGAAAAUCAGCAUUUGGUGCCACUAUUCCCCAGCCUUUUGUUAAAAGGAGCUUCUCUGACCGGAGACCAGGAUUCCCAGUUCCGAUACCAUCCUUUGCUGCACCUGGUGGUGAGCCUGUGCUUAGCCAAAUAAGCCUGGAAGAUAGCUCCCAAAGAGGAGGGGAAGGUUUCCCAGAUGGCAAAUCAUUUCCUCAUUCUCAACUCUACAUUGUGGGCCAAGGACUCCAUAAAGACUGAAUGGAGAUGGCAAGCUUGAGUGGUGGAGUCUUCAGCCCAGGAUUGACAAUCUUUGUAUAUAGCCGUUCAUAUAUAGAGGCCAUGCCUCUUAAUGGAUAUUGUUAGGAGCAUUAUGCUAUCCUUUUUAGACUGCAUUUGAUCAUUGGAAAGUUCUGAAAUUCAGUUUGGGCAGUUCUCUACUCAAAAAUAUAAGACUAUGUAUGAACCAGGACCCAAAAGGCAAUUCUGAUUGUGUUGAACUGCAGAAAACUUGUGAACCACAAGAAAGUGUCACCAGAGUGAAAUGUUGGGAUAUUCUUGAAUGAAUGAUUCAAUUUAAGCAAAAGAGGCAAAGGCAAGACAAAUAAGCCCAUAUUCUAAGAUAAUAUUGUCAUUGGUUGCAGCAGUGUGUGUGUGUGUUAAAGCAGGACUGGGACUCUCAUAGUCCCCUCAAAGUGUGGACUGUGUUCUUAAUUUCAGGAAUGACUUCUGUUUCCAAAUGAAAGUGAGUAAUACAGACAUUUGUAGUAUUGGAGCAGUAAACCCAGAGCAGAUCUUGUGCCCAAUAUAAUUAAGUUUGUAAAUAUUUGCUUAUUUUAUUCCUGUAUGCUAAUUAUUUGCAACUAUUCCCCACACACCUUGAGAUGUUUUCUUAAAAAAAUGUUGUGCAAAAAGAUUUUUUUCUGCAGAAAAGCCCAUUAGGAUUCAUGUAUUUUUUCCCCAGUAAACACAUUUCUGCUCAGAAAACACUACAAUAUUCUAUCUUUGUCUUUUGGAUACAAAUGAUUAAAGUUAAGUAAUAGCUAAGUAUAUUAUAACUGAUCAUGCAGUUUAUUUGCACAGAGCUUUCAGCGGUCUUAUUAACAUGUAUGGGAAUGAGAAUAAACAGCCAAUGAUAAAUCAUGUUAAUGUAUUGACACAUAUUAAUUAAUUAUAAUGCCUAUUAAAUAUGACUCUUUUUGCAAAAAAAAAAAAAAAUUCUCCCAGCGGAUGAAAUAAGUACCCUGUAAAUUAAUUGUUUUCAUACCUCUGUAAAGUUUCAUUCAGAUUAGAGCAAAUGUGUCACAUAAAGGGAACUGUUUAGAAGCACUAAAAUGUUUUUUUUAGAGUGGACUCAGAAUACAGUGAAGCAAAUACAUCUGUUAUCCUGUUCUUCUCUUCCAUAAUUAAUUGUAUUAACAUUGAGAUGAUUGAGAAUGAUAUGUUGAAGAAAGAACAGAAAUCCUUUUCAUUAAAAUAUAUGACUUGUAUGUAUAUUAUUUGUUUAUGAUAUAUGGCUUACACGCAACAUACCAGCUGGAUAAUACACACUCGGUGGUGAUAAUGAGUAUGGCAAGCUAAUAUACUUGGAGGGCCAUUGCAGAAGAUUGAUUUUACAAGUAAUGAAAAACUGUAAUGUGUAGGCAUUGUAGUUUAUUACUUGCCUGUUUUCAGAGAACGGUAAUCAAUAUACACGUGGUUUCCCUUUUUUUGUUCCAAUCUGUUUUAUAUGUUUGGAGCUUUUAAAAAAUGUAAUAUUUAAAAGGUUGUUUUACACAGCUCUUUAUAUACAUAUUGUGAAUACUGCUUUAAUUUAUUCCAUUUUGGUAUAUUUCUGAAUCCAAAUCACUUUCUUGGUCUUUGGAAUUACAUUCAUUUACUGUUUUUAAUGCACUCUGAGAAAUUUUGUGAUUCAAUAAACAUGCUUUUCUAUAAGAUCACACUUUUAGACUGCAUUUGUAUUUGUUUAAUUUUGAGCCAUGAGAUCAACAGAGCAGAUAGGCUAUUGAUGUUAAAGAUGUAAAAUACAUAGGCUGGAAUUCACUAUUGCGGUUACAGGUCUGUAACGUAGAAUUAUGCAUUUAUGUAUUCACAAUUGUGGCACUAUUAUCAUAAAAGUCCCACAAUCUUACUUUAUCAAACAACUGCUGUGAACAG